AAAUCGUUUGAUCAUUUGCACUGCUGGAGAGUGGAAAUGCUAAACAAUGAAGUCUCUACUUCUGUGCGGGAUUUUAGGAUUUCUUUUUUUCGAAGAUGUGUUGUCUUUGGGAUAUACUACGCAAAGUACACAGGCACCGACAACAGAAACAAAUCCAAAAGUUUGUAAACAGACGGUUUCAGAACAGUAUGGUCUUAUUCAUUCUCCUAAUUUCCCGGAUAAAUAUCCCCGAUACUCUCGUUGCCAGUACUUGGUGGAGAAGUACUCGCCGGAUGCCUGCGACGUCAAGCUGACCAUCCACUCCUUCGAGGUGACCCGCAUGGCCUUCACUAAUUGCUCGGAGGACUUCCUCGAGAUACAGGAUGGCACCAAAAAGUACAGGAUAUGCGGGGAUCUACCCAGAGGAACCAAGAAAUUCGUAUCUUUUCCACCCGAUUCCGACAAAUUGGAGUUCAAUUUCCGAAGCACGUUUCACCAAAAGAAAGGAUUCGAAAUACAAGUGAAACAAUUACCUUUUUCUUGCCGCAAAAAAGUCACUACGACACCAGCAACUACGAGGGCCAUCGCUUCAUGCGCUCGGACGGUGACUGGCCGUCAGGGUUCCCUCCGGUUUCCCGACGGAGAAGACGGUCCUGCCGACGGAUGUGUCUACACCAUCCGACGCUCAGAGCCGAGGGCGUGCCUUCUGCAACUGGACUUCACCACUUUCGAGGUUACGCAGUCUUCCGGAUGCAGCCAGGACCACCUGCUGCUGCCGGAUGGUCAAAAAUUAUGCGGAGUUUUAGGAGGAAAUAGAAAAUAUAUCCAGUUUCCUUCUUCGACGGAUGAGCUCGUUAUAACUUCAGUGGGUUCUAACAACACCUUCAACAUUCAAGUGACUCAACUUCCGGGACCCUGCGACCUAAGCACAGUUUCUAAUUUUACAGAGAGAACGCUCCACCAAUGUGACCAAACCUUCAGAAGUCCAACUGCAACUCUGAUUUCUCCCGGAUAUCCAAACUCCUUCGGUCCCAAUUACAGAUGCGUAUAUACGGUCUACCGACCCGAUAUAUCUGUUUGCAGCCUGGAACUGGAGUUCGAGGAGUUCGAUUUGGGGAAGCACAAUCCUGCUAGCUGUGACCAUGGAGCAUAUCUGGAGUUACCUGGGAGGAACAGACUAUGCCACGAUAUAGAAGGAAAGAUGAUUGUGCACGUGCCUGAAUUCAAGGAUCCAGUUGUUUUCGAAUUUGUGAGUGACAGUCUGACUUCCGGUAAGGGAUUCCGCAUCCAGCUGCAACACUUACCUAACACCUGCACGGGAUUUGGAAGUCAUAUUCCCAAGUCCCUUCCCCGCUGUUAUCAAGAGGUGUCCUACUACACCGGUUGGUUCAGCCCCUCGCCGUUAGUGGCGACGUGCGAGCUGCUGGUGCGCAGGGCUGACCCCACCGUCUGUAAGGUAAUGUUGCAGGUGACGGCCAGAAACUUCAUAUCCGUGCCCUGUUCCUACAAUUACAUAGAACUGCCAGACGGAAUCAGAAUGUGCAUCGCAGUGACAGAGAGAAGAGAAGCUGAGUUCGAAGAAGGAUAUAAUUUUAUGAUUUUAAACUAUGUCAACUGGCACAAUCCGGAAUUCAAUUUGAUAGUGGACCAGAUACCAAACUCUUGUAGGACGCAGCGCACAGAUCUCAUGACUUCUCCUAGUACGGGAUGGACUUGGAAAGUUAUGCCUCGAUAGAACUCUAGAAUGAGCAAAUUUCAAGCAAAAGACUUUGCAUCACUCUUUUGGAUUAUCUUUUACUGCUCCUUACAUGAUGGACAUGAGCAAAUAGAAUUUAAAUUAUGAGUUGUUACAUUGAGAUUGUUGUUACAUUGAGAUGGUGCAUGGUUUCGAAUACACAUUUCCUUUUUCAAUCAUAGACUUUAGAGCAGAGAUGACUUAAACUCUAUAUGGGCUCUUAGACUAUGAAAAUUUCUUCUUAUGCUUCUCCAAAAUUUUGUAAAUUAGAUAUCUUUUAUAGAUUUUAAUUUAAUCAAAGUUCAAGCAAUUAAAAAGUUACAAUUAUCAUGAUGAAUUAAAAUAACAAAACAUUUAAUUACAAAUCAAUUUCAGAAGAAUUACUUUCAGCAACUCUAAAAUUAAAAUUAAAAAGCAUUGAAAUUAAAAGUAAUUUCAAGCAAAACUGCAAAUCUUUUUUAACAAAUCAAAACACGCUAAUGCAAAUUCUGUCAAAAUUGAUCACUUGCGAAUUUAGUUAGUCAAGCUGAGAAAAAAAAUAAUAAGCCUGAACUGAAAGUGAAAUAAAUAAUAAUAUCGAACUGUAAGUGAGUUGGAAAACAGGAAAAUAUUCUUAAGGACAUGAGAACACGAAAUGUAAUUAAUUCCUGAUUUUCAUAUGAAUAAGUUCGAGUAUACAGUCUUAAUAAAUCAUAUGAAACAACCGAUUUAGAUUAGGCUGAAAAACCGAAAAAAAAAUCUCUAGGCCUUGAGAAACCCUAAGUUGCAUUUGCCCUAAGGAAAUUGCCUGUGUUUAACCAUUUGUUAAUCCAAUUCUAGCUGUGGAUAGCAGCUAUACACGAAUAUAUUCUGCCAUUGAUAUUGUUUUUAUAACACAAAGUCGUCAAAUAAUUGAAAGCGGAUCAAGUGCAGCAAAUCAAUCGCUCUGUAUCUCUGUUUAAAUAUUUUCAAUAUUAUUAGCAAUGAGAAGCAAAGGAGCUAAACUUGUCAUGAAUUUCUCAGGAAGUUUUGCCUUUUUCCGAAGAAAAUGACAUUAGAACAUUUAAUCUUCUUGUUGCUGUCUUUUUAAUUUAACGUUAUUAUCAUUAUAUAACUGACGGAAGUUGUUGCUGAUUCCUGUAUGAAAAUAAUGAUGGGAACGCGGUCAGUUUCGAUGAAAGAUAAUUGAUAUUAGUUAGCGAUUUCCCACAAGUCAUCAUGUUCUUUUUCUUCAUUCAUUCUUUCUUAAAAUGAAAGAAUGAAUGAUUUACAUAAUAAUAACAGAACUAAAAAAUUCGAUAAAAAUAUAGAGACACUGUAAAUGACAUAAUAUCAUAUUAUUCUUAUAAGAAAAAUUUAUACUGAUUGAAUCUUAUGAACUUAUUGAACCAACGAAUUUCUUGCUAUUAAUCUUAAAAUAAAACUUAAUCUAAAAAUUUGUAUUUAUUAAAUAUUAUAACGUAUUGUUGUACAUGGAAAACAAUGCAUGAAUUUAGAACAAAUGUAUUUUUAAUGUUGAGAAUGAAUGUCAUUUUAUACAUAAUAGUCAAAUAUUUAUUGCAUUUCCAUUGUAAAGCAUCGAUAGGAAGGGAAACUCUUGUAUAU